GCAACCAUGCAACGACCUUUUACCCUUCAAAUCGGGCGGCAUCAUCAUUCAUUCUCACCUGCAAGUUCACCUUUAUCUUGCCGCCUUUUCUCUCUCUACACCAUUGUUGCCGCCCUUUCUUUCUCUAGAAAAGGCUCGCCAUUAAGACACCAGGAAAUGUCCAAAAUGGAGCGAAUUUUAAAAGAGAAAAAACCCCAGGGUCUCAAUAGCAAAAAAAACAACACAAAAGUAGAUGACAGAGAGAGAAAGACUGAAGAGAGAGAAAGGGGCGGGAGAUGGAACGCUACGGCAUUGUCAUCAUCUCUCCAAGCAUCAGCUCCCCUUCUUCGUCAGACCUAGACACAGAGUCGACUCUUUCAUUUUUUGAGGAGAGGAGCACGAGCCUGGGUGCUCUCAUGGGAGUAAGUGUGGCCCCAGUGAGGAGAGAGAGAGAAAAGAGAAAACAGAGGAGUUGCUGGUGGUGCUGCAUUGGAGAUGAAGAGGAGCAGAAGGUCGUGGCGUCUUCUUCUUGUUAUACUCUGGGCCAUUUAUUAGAGGCAGAGAGGAGACAAGGCUUUCUCGUUCCUCCUGCGAAUGGAGGAGAAAAUCUUCUCUUUGAAGAUGGAAGGGUUCUUCCUCCUCGCCAUCAUCUUCCUCCUCCUUCUGUAACCAGGCUGCCUGUUUGUUUUAAUGGCAUUUGUAGGAGGAGGAGUUAGUGAAGAAUAAAAUCGUGUUGAUGUCUCUCUCUAUUUUCGAUUCUCUCAUUCUGUUUAUUGGGUUGGUCAUUUUGUGAAUAUAGUUUUGUACAAGGUCCUAUGCUAUAGCGUACAUCGAUAUUUGACCCUAAUAUUUUGAUCAUUUGGAACUUGAGAUCACAAAUAUGAAAGGAUUUCUCUCGUAA